UAUUGUAUAGAGUCCUUCGUCGCCUUUUUGGCGUCUUGCCCUUCUCCUUUUCAGACUGCUGACUUCUUUUCUCAGAUCGCACCACCAUCAUAUUCAUCAAACUUUCAGAUUUUUUCCUUUACAUUCAAAGGGUUUUUUUAAUUUUAUCUUUUGAAACUUUGAAUUUUUAGGAGGAAGCAUAAUCAUACUCUCUGCACGGCAACCCGAUCCCAUGUUUCGCUACUCAAUCAUAUCAUGUAAGUCUACGAAACGAUGGAACUAUUCCUGAGACAGAAGCAUCUCUUGAUUUGUGUCGGAUGUAGCCGUAUUUAGCCCUUGCAAAGGACUAGUAGAUGCUUUGCUGAUCAAACUCUUUGUUGAUCAAACUAGAAGCUAAACAUAAGGUGGACUGGUCUAUAUAAAUAUCUUCUGGGGAAUGGGAUCUUUCAAAGGUCAUGCUUUACCAGGGACGUUGUUUCUUGUGGUUGGUUUGUGGCACAUAUGGAGCUCCGUGUUUAGAUAUGUGUCGAAUCCCAAAUCUUUCCGGGUCCAGGUCUGGAACCCAGUUCCGGGUUUUAAUGGAAAGUUGAAGUACUUGGAACUUUAUGUGGUGGCAAUUGGUGCUUUUGUAGACAUGUGCAUUGAGCUUUUAUAUUCAACUCACCUCAAGUUUUUUGUGAAUGGCGUCUUGAAUCCCUCUCACAUGAAUGAUUUUGAGCACUCAGGGAUGCUUCUCAUGUUCUUUACUUUUGGUGUAAUCACUCUACUGUCGGAGAAAACAAGGUUUCUUCCCCUGCCAGAUGGUGCCCUUUGUUUGAUUGCUGCAACAGCAUUCUGUGCAGAAUACCUUCUAUUCUACUUCCACUCAACAACUCAUAAAGGCCUUGAAGGGUAUUAUCAUCUUCUCCUUGUUCUCCUAAUUGGGUUUUGUGUUCUAUCAUCUGUUGCUGGAGCUCUUUUCAGUACCAGCUUCCCGAUUGAUUUAUGCAAUGGAAUUGCUAUAACCCUUCAAGGACUAUGGUUUUAUCAGACUGCUUUCGCUCUUUAUGGCCCUAUGAUGCCAGAUGGCUGCUGGCUCAAAGAAAAUACCAUCGCUUGUCGUUCAGUAGAUAGUCAAGUUCGAGGCGAGUUGCUUGCCAACUUCCAACUCUUUGCUAUCACCCUUGGCGUCCUUUUUGCUGUGGUGUUUUUAUAUAUUUUUGCAGCUUCAAGAUAUGGUUACCGUGAUCUUAGGGGCUCACAGAUGGUUUCAGAAUCAUUUAGGUCCUGACUAAUGUUACGAUGGUAUGUGCUCUCUCCCUAAGGAGGCUGUUUGCUAUAUUGCCAGUCUGUGACCUUCGAAACCUCCAUGGUCGUACUUAUUGUCUGUUCAUAUGGAAGAUUGCCAUACAAUGCAGAAUUGCUCAUUUAUAAAUAGAAAUUUGUUCGUCGAAAAGAUUAGAGAUACUGCUUUAACAGGACACACUAUUUGCAGAAUAUCUUUUAAACUAGUGCAUUGUUGGGAUAAUAAUCCGGAUUUGUAAUGAUAAAUAAUAUCAUUUACAGAGUUUCAUUCUCCUUUUUGAUUAUGAGGGGAAGCAUUUCUUUGGUGUUCCA